CUUCCACCGCUCUUCCGCUGCCCUUCCGCCUCUGUUCCACCGCCGCCCGCCCGCUCUUCCUCCGCUCCUACCCCGCUCCUCCCCCGCUGCUCGACGCUAAGCCUCGGAGAAGGACGACGAGUCUGAAGAUGGCCUCAGGAGGACGAUUCGCCGCCGGUGAUGAAGGUCCGAUUGUCUCGCGCAAUCUCCUCCACAGGCUAGUGGUUGCCCUGCUGUUGGGGAUAGCGAUGGCUAUGGCUAUGGUGAGAGCCGAGCAUAGCGAUCAUGGCUAUGGGGGCCAUGAGCUCACGGGUCACGGCCGUUAUCUCGGGGUGCCUCCAAGGCAGCCGCCGCCGCCGCCGCCUUCCCAGGAGGCGUUGUUAGCAGCAGCUAUCAAGGACGAGCGAGUGACGACGUACGUGCUGACUCAGAACGUGGACUUGACAACGUCUCUGCCGAUGGUCUCCCGGCCGAGCUUCACUGUGCGGGGGAUGUGCGGCAAAGAUGGGCGGCGUCGCUGCGUGAUCAACGGCAUGAACAAGUACCGCGGUUUCGUGGCAAACUACUCCUCUCAUGUCGCUCUCUCUCUGAUUAACCUGGAGUUUACCGGGCUUCGCGCCGUCGACGACGCAUCCGGCGGCGCUGCCGCUGCCGUCGAUGGAGGGCGAUUGACGGUCAAAAACUGUGUGUUCCGAUCUAACAAGGUGGGGAGAGGGGGAGCAGGAGGCGCGGUCCUUGUGCAGGAUGGCAGCUUCGACAUCAGCGGGAGCGCGUUCGAGGGGAAUGCCGCGGGCGAUGUCGGCGGCGCCAUCUUCUUCGGAAGCGACGCCUCGGGGAACGUCAGCGCGACCAAGUUCAAGAGCAACUCGGCUAUGGCCGGCGGCGCCGUGUACGCCAAGGAAGGCAAAGUCAACUUCCACGCCGUUGACUUUUCCGCCAAUCGCGCUCGAGCGCGCGGAGGCGCUCUCUUCCUCACAGUCACAGAGUCCGUCGUCUCGAAGACGCGCUUCAACUCCAACUCCGCUGGUCAAUCUGGCGGCGCUGUCCACGUGUACCUGGAGUUUCUAAACACCACCUUCUGCAGCGAUACCUCUUUUAAUCGGAAUACGGCGGCGAAGGAUAAAUCGUCUUCCAAGGUCUCGAUCGCUGGACCUGAGGGUGACAAGUCCCGCGUCUUUUUCUGCGCAGCCAAGGUACCCAGCGGUGUCGGCUACGAGGGUCCCGACAGCCGCGUCGCGACGGGAUGCAAAGGCUGCAAACCUACCGGUCGAUAACUUAGGAGAACCUCCUCCUUGUUCUCGCCAUCGCCUUCACCACCAUCAUCAUCAUCAUCAUCAUCAUCAUCAUCAUCAUCAUCAUCAUCAUCAUCACGGCCACCUGCAUCAUCAGCCUCCUCGUCAUCAUCAUCACCAGCAUCAUCAUGAUCAUUAGAUUGUGAUCUUCCUCCCUUUCUUGAACAUGUAAGAGCAGUUGUUGGCAUCCGGAUGAUCAUCAUCAUUAUCGUCAUCGUACUCAUCAUUAUAAUCACCGUCGCUGUCGUCUCCAUCGCUAUCGCCAUCGCCAUUAUCUUUUUUGUCGAAAACAGUUUCGCGCUGAUCUUCAUUCCUGAUCGGCAUUCUGUAUCUGGUGCCUCCGUUUUUUAUAUGUAGCAUCAGGAUGACGUCAUCGGAUUAGAGAUUUCUCAUUAGAAUCAGGAGUACUGCUUUUCAAACAAAAGAAAAGGAAAAGA